UAUCAGCCGAGAAUUCUUUGAGAGAACAGUGGACGAUCAACUGAAAGAUCUGAAACACUCCCCCAUGGCGAAACCUCGCGUUGUGUCGGAGCUGCUUUGGGACGGAUUGCUAUGGCUCGUCAUGGCUGGCCACGUGUUCCUGAGCCCCUUCACCAAGGUGGAGGAAAGCUUUAACCUACAGGCAUGCCAUGACAGCUUGCUGCAUGGACGAAACAUUCAGCAGUGGGAUCAUUUACAAUUCCCUGGCGCAGUCCCCCGCAGCUUCCUGGGUGCUUUGGUCGCCUCGUGGAUCGCCUUUCCCAUCUCGGUGGGCCUCAGCAAUCCAGCUCUACUCCGAGUGGUGCGACUGGUCGUGGGAAGCCUCUCGGUCCUGGCUCACGCACGUUUCCGUGCGGUGCUCACGGCUGAAUGGGGAGUGACGGUGGGUCGUGUGUUUGCCUUGUUGACCAUCACACAAUUCCACUUGCCCUUCUACAUGAGUCGCACCUUGCCGAAUGUCUUUGCACUUCAGAUUGCCACACUUGCACAUGCCGAGUUUGUCAAAGGGACAGAAAGAUCCGCAUACACAUGCUUAGUUCUAUUGAGCUUGGCAGCUGCGAUCUUUCGAUGUGACUUGCUAGUGUUGAUAGCUCCCGUCGGCCUGUUACUCCUUUGGCAAAGACGAGUGCAGUUUCUGAAAGCUGCAGUUGUGACAGCGUUGGCAGCUUUGGCCGGUGCACUUUUGUCGAUUUCCGUGGACUCCGUACUAUGGCAGCGUUGGCUUUGGCCAGAGUUCGAAGUGCUUUGGUUCAAUACGGCGGAGAACAAGUCGUCAGAAUGGGGGACUGAGCCAUUCUUGUGGUACUUCUAUUCUGCUUUACCAAGAGCACUCUUGGGCAGUUUUCCCUUGGCGGCUCUGGCAGUGCUUGUUGAGCCAAGGGCCCGCAUGCUUGUUUGGGUGGCAGGGGCAUUUAUUUUGCUCUAUUCUUUCUUGCCGCACAAAGAGCUACGCUUUAUUUUCCCCGCACUCCCAUUAUUGAACGCAGCAGCAGCUUCGACAGCUGCAAGGGUCUGUCGGUUCAAAUGGCUCAAGCCUCUUUGGCAGUUGGCCAUUGCUGGCCUCUGCAGCGGGAGUUUCCUUGGGACCUGUGUCAUGAGUUGGGCAUCGUUUGGCAACUACCCUGGAGGUGUUGCAAUGGCAGGUCUUCAUUCCAUCGAGAAAGCCUCAGCACCACUGUCCAUUCACAUUGGAAACUUGGCUGCCAUCUCUGGUGUCUCUCGCUUUCUAGAAGAGCGACCAAACUGGCAGUACUCCAAGGAGGAAGGUUUGUCAGUAGAGGCAUUGAGCAAUGCAGGCUUCGACCGCUUAAUCUCAGAAUAUCCUGAGGUGCCAGGUUAUCACUGUAUCGCACAGGUCGACGGCUUUGAGCGGUUGCUCCUCUCCAAAGCCUGGCCUCCCAUUACUGCCAAGAGGCGUCCACAGAUCUUUGUGCUGGCGAAGUCCGACGGCACAACCAUCAAAUGUGAUGAGCACUUUCAAAGAUGGAGUGCCGCAACUCAUCCAGAAUACCAGACAUUGCAGCUCCUGUCGGCGUGACAACGGUUUGCAACCAGACGAGGCCGCG